GGGGGGGUUUCCGCGUAGAGACAAAAUGAAAGUUUAUCGUAGUGAACGGUUUAGCGUAUUUGUAGUCAAACUACUGUUUUGCACACUUGCAUUAGCCAAAACUGCACACUGUUGGGACACAGAGUACAUUCAACUUCUUGAUCUUGUGGAAGAAAUUAAAGAUAAUUUCUAUGAUGUACUAGGUGUUGAUCAGACUAUAUCGAUACCCGAGUUGAAGCGGGCUUACAGAAAACUCACCCUGAUAUGGCAUCCGGAUAAGAAUAAGGAUGAAAAUGCAGAGGAAAUGUUCAGGAAGAUAACAUCUGUACAUGAAAUACUCAAGAAUGAGAAAACAAGACAGCAGUAUGACGAUAUCUUGAAGAACGGCCUACCUAACUGGAGGCAACCAGUAUAUUAUUACCGCAAAGCUAGGAAGUUGGGUCUUCUGGAGAUUGCCAUCCUUCUUGUUGCUAUAAUCACAGUUGGGCAGUAUAUCGUGGCGUGGGCAGCAUACUGGGAGCGAAAGUUUGAACUGCAAGAAGCUCUAAUGACUCGGAGGCAGAGAACUAAUAAGAAAAAAAUGCAUGCUGAGAUUGAUGAAGUGUUGGAGAUGGAAAUGAAAUUUAUUCCAAGGCCAUCUCUGUGGAAUCUUCUUGUUGUGCACAUGGUGAGCCAGAGUGUGUCUGGGUUUCAUAAAGCAGUUGAUGCAGUCAAGCAGUGGAGGGAAAGGCGUAACCAGCCAGCGGAGGACCCUGUGCAGGAACCCAAUGAAGAUGAUUCUGUCAGCGAGAAGGUGAGGGUGAAGCGACCGCGGGCGUACGUCAAGGAUGUCUCUCCGACUGAGAUGGUGGAGAUGACGCCCGUCGCUGUGACGGAGAUGCCAACAAUCGCCGACGGCGCUGUGCGCGAGUCCAACAAGACGACUCAGUGGACAGAUGCAGACUUUGCACAGCUCUGCAAACUCAUGGUCAAGUACCCGAUCGGCAUUUAUGAACGUUGGGAGAAGAUCGCCAUGGCAAUGCAUCGCGACACAGACGACGUCAUAUGUCACGCCAAGCAGCUCCGUAGCCGUGGUUACUCGAUGAACGUCACAAACUCCAUGCAAGGAAUCACGGGUACAGAAGGGCAUUCCUUGGUGAGGGACGAUCAGUUGGAGACCUACCUGGAACGAUCCCACUCAGAGCACGUACAGACCCAGUCUGCCCCGAACGGAUCCAGCUUACGCAUUCGAAAAAUGAAACCGCGUGAAGCUGAAACUGCCGCCGCCGUGUCGGGCCCAUGCAGCACUAAUGACGUCAGUCAGCAGCAGGUGGCACCAGCAGAGGUGCAGAGCAGGUCAACGUCUAAAUUAUCAGGCGACAGUGCUGUGGAGUGGACUCGGCCUGAACAAAAAUUAUUGGAGUGCGCAUUGGUGAAAUUCCCAAAAGGGACGCCUGAUAGGUGGAUGAGGAUUGCAGAGGCUGUGCCCAGCAAAAAACCAGACCAUUGUAUGGCCCGGUAUAAACUGCUAGCAGAGAUGGUAAGGAAAAAGAAGCAGCAGCAUUCCUCAUAGCACCCAUGUUGAGCGAUUUUCUUUUGAGGAGAAGGACGGUGUCAUUGAUGCAGAAUCUCUCUGCUAGUCGUAUUGGUUGGUAUAAACUGAAACCAGUGAAAUCACUGGUCUUCAAGCAUGAUCUGAUGUCAUUGUAUAUUACACAUUUUUAAUGCAUAAUUUGCAUAAAGCUUCUGGUGAAGUUUUCACGUCACACAAAAAUCCACAAAUCACAUCAUUAUUCCCUAAAUUGUGUUCAUUACAGCUAAUAUGUUUGGAAAAAAAAAUCAUUAUCCAGCUAUCUCGUGUUAUAAGUUGUGUAUUAUGUAAUAAAACGUAUAUACCUUCACAAACAUGAAACUCCGAUUUCAUGGAUACUGUGAUUAGCUAUGCAGGUCUUUGCUUGCUCAUUAUAGUGUGACCAUGAAUGAUGCGAUGUGCCCUGCAUGCAAAUGGUUCAUAAAGUGUUGUUAUAAUGUGUUCAUAAUGCGAGUUGUUUCAUAAAGCUUGUAGUAUUUCUAUGUACGACCUAUGUUGUGUUGAGCAUAUUAUAGAAGUUUUUAAUCAAAAAUUUAUUACAUUUUGUUCUGUAAUUUGUUAUGAACAAGGUGUUAGUUGCAAAACAAUUUGACAGAAAUGCACUUUCUUAUGAAGUAGAAACUUUAAAUAACUUAAAAAGUUAUGAUAGGUGUAGCAUUGCAAUGUGAUAUUAUUACACAUUUUGUAGUACAUCUGAACUUUCGAACGCGGUUUUUUCUACAUUGCGGAUUAUGAAAAUUUCAGAAUUUUUAUUAUUACCUUGGUUAGUGAUUUUUGAUUCGGUAGCAUAUAGUGAGGUUUAAUUAAUAUAGAAAAUUAUAUAGAAAAGUAAUUAUGCAGCUAUAUGUGGUACGGUGCGUGAUCGGGUAUUUAAUACAGUAUUCUGCGAGCUGUCAGGAAUGAGUCGAGACGUGUUAUGAAUUUUCUUACGUAUUACGUAAUAUCUGUAUAUAUAGAUUAACUUGUGGCAUUGUGAAUGAGCUGAAGGUGUAUGUCCAUGAGUAGGCUGGUGCUAGAUUUGUACUGUAAUUGCGUAUACCAACUGCUACGCGAUUUGCAAUGUAAUCGAUUGUAAUCGUUAUCAAUUCCAUUUUCAAUGAUUAAAUGAUACAUUAUAUUUAUUAAUUUUGUAAUAAACAGAAAGAUUUUAAGCAA